CACUGUAGGUGUGCGAAGUGUUUCUGUUAUCCCACAAAGCGAAGAAUAAGAAGAAGGCCCCGAAACCUAACCAUCUUGAAUCUCCCCGAAGAUGUGCUCUUUCACAUCCUGAAAUGGCUUUCUGUUGGGGACAUCCUCGCCGUCCGAGCUGUGCAUUCCCACCUGAAGUACCUGGUGGACAACCAUGCCAGUGUGUGGGCAUGUGCCAGUUUCCAGGAGCUGUGGCCUUCUCCAAAGAACCUGAAGCUUUUUGAAAGGGCUGCUGAAAAGGGAAAUUUUGAAGCUGCUGUGAAGCUGGGCAUAGCCUACCUCUACAAUGAAGGCCUGUCUGUGUCUGACGAGGCCCGUGCAGAAGUAAAUGGCCUGAAGGCCUCUUGCUUCUUCAGUCUCGCUGAGCGCCUGAACAUGGGUGCCGCACCCUUCAUCUGGCUCUUCAUCCGCCCACCGUGGUCAGUGUCUGGAAGCUGCUGCAAGGCCGUGGUUCACGAGAGCCUCAGGGCAGAGUGCCAGCUGCAGAGAAGUCACAGAGCAUCCAUACUGCAUUGCUUGGGCAGAGUGCUAAGUCUUUUUGAGGAUGAAGAUAAGAAGCAGCAGGCCCAUGACCUGUUUGAAGAGUCCGCUAAUCAGGGAUGUCUGACCAGCUCGUACCUUCUUUGGGAAAGUGAAAGGAGUACAGAUAUGUCAGAUCCUGGACGAUGCCUCCACAGCUUCCGGAAACUCAGGGACUAUGCUGCCAAAGGCUGCUGGGAAGCACAGCUGUCAUUAGCCAAAGCCUGUGCAAAUGGAAACCAGCUUGGACUAGAAGCAAAAACCUCCACUGAGAUAGUCUGCCAGCUAUUCCAGGCUUCCCAAGCCGUCAGUAAGCAGCAGGUCUUCUCUGUGCAGAAGGGACUCAACGAUACAAUGAGGUACAUUCUGAUCGACUGGCUGGUGGAAGUCGCCACCAUGAAGGACUUCACGAGCCUGUGCCUUCACCUAACUGUGGAAUGUGUGGACCGGUACCUGCGGAGGAGACUGGUGCCCCGGUACAGACUCCAACUGCUAGGCAUUGCCUGUAUGGUCAUCUGCACCCGGUUCAUCAGUAAAGAGAUCCUGACGAUCCGAGAGGCUGUGUGGCUCACGGACAACACGUACAAGUAUGAGGACCUAGUGAGAAUGAUGGGCGAGAUCGUCUCUGCCCUGGAAGGGAAGAUUCGAGUCCCCACUGUGGUUGAUUACAAGGAGGUUCUGCUGACGCUGGUCCCCGUGGCACCAAGAACCCAGCACCUGUGCAGCUUCCUCUGUGAACUCUCCCUGCUGCACACUAGCUUGUCUACCUAUGCCCCGGCCCGCCUGGCUGCUGCAGCCCUGCUCCUGGCCAGGUUGACACAUGGGCAGACACAAUCCUGGACCACUCAGCUGUGGGACCUCACCGGCUUCUCCUACGAAGACCUCCUGCCAUGUGUCCUGAGCCUUCAUAAAAAAUGCUUCCACGAUGACACCCCCAAGGACUAUAGGCAAGUCUCACUGAUGGCUGUAAAGCAGCGAUUUGAGGACAAGCGCUAUGAAGAAAUCAGCCAGGAAGAGGUGCUAAGCUACAGCCAGUUGUGUGCAGCGUUAGGAGUAAAACAGGAGAGCCCAGACCCGCCGUCCUUCCUCAGCACAGGGGAGAUCCACGCCUUCCUCAGCUCUCCCUCUGGAAGAAGGACCAAACGGAAGCGGGAGAACAGCCUCCAGGAGAACAGGGGCAGCUUUGUCACCACCCCCACCGCAGAGCUGUCCAGCCAGGAGGAGACACUGCUGGGCAGCUUCCUGGACUGGAGCCUGGACUGCUGCUCUGGCUAUGAGGGUGACCAGGAGAGCGAAGGCGAGAAGGAGGGUGAUGUGACAGCUCCCAGUGGCAUCCUCGAUGUCACCGUGGUCUACCUGGACCCAGAACAACACUCCUGCCAGGAAUCAAGUGAUGAGGAAGCCUGCCUGGAGGACGAGGGACACCAGGACCCACACGGCCUGGUGCUGAACGCCCAGAUACCUCCAACCCCAGGGCCCAAGCCCCCGCUCUGCCUCAGGAGGGAGCCAGGCAAGGAUAUCACGACCUCAGGGUACUCCUCCAUCAGCAGUGCAAGUCCCACAAGCUCCAUGGAUGGCUCAGGGGGCCCGUCCCGACCUACCUCAGGGUUGUCCCUGGGCAGCAACUCAAACACACAGCCCUGCCACCAUCAGGCCAAGAAAUCGUGUUCACAGUGUCGUCCCCCAAGUCCCCUGGAGAGCAAUGUUCCCCAGCAACAGGUAAAGAGGAAAAGCCUGUCCAUGCACAGUGAGAAAGAGGAGGAAGAAGACAUGAACUUGGGCUUUCUGAAGCUGUGA